UGUCUGUCUCUCUCUUUCCUGGCAUCAGCAGUAGGGGAGAGUAGAAGGCUGUCUGUGUAUGUGUCUGGCUGCAGUGUCGUAGGCUUGAGCCGCGGUAAAAUCCCACAGGAGAUUAGAGCGGGAAACACGCUAGUCCGGACGCUUUAGAAAUGGCAGCCCUAGGAGAGAGCAACAGACAGAAAAAACAAACACAACUGUAAUGAGGAAUGGAUGAAUGUUGUCUCAUGGAAAACCUGCACGCUGUCUCUCUCUUUUUUUAACCCUCCUCGUUUUCUCUUUCUGUCUGUCUUCGACAAGCUCACUCCUCCCUCCCCUCCAUCCUGCCGCUCCACUCCUCUCCUCUCCCUUCCUCUCUCUCUCUCAUUCUCUCUUGCGCUCUCUCAGUGGAGGAAUGUAGAUAGAGUCUGAGCGUACGCCCGCUGCUCUGCACGAUAUCAACUGCUCGCUCUACGGUGGUGGGUCGCUCAUCAGAUGCUGUUCAGAACGGAUUUUUACUGCUAACGGAUUUGACCAUCCACCUUCUCUUCCUGGACAACUGUGCAUCUGCCACUGCCUCCUCUGCCGGGUUUAUUGCUCAUCUUGCACAUACUGGGAUCCGUGCUGCAGGUCCCUUGCUCCCUUAAGGAUGCUAUAAAUCAGCAGGAGCUUUGGUCGAGGAAAAAGGGACAUAUUGCUUCACGGUCAACGCUGAGUCCUCUUUCGUGAGGGAACCAGCUUUCUGGGAUAUGUAUAGCUGACUCAGCGCUCGAAUACAAGAUUGUGAGUCAGAUCAAGACCUUGAAAAAGGAAUUGGUAAGAACGAGGGAGCCAGAGAGGAAAAAUGUGAGCCAGUUUUUAACUUUUACUGAACUCAACCUUCAAAUAUUGCAAUGAAUGGAGGAAAGAGGUCAGAGGAUAAAUCUAACUGUGGUGUCAUCUUCAAAAAGAAGGAUUUGAUAAUCUGACGACAGAGAGUGCUGCUGCAACGGCUGGUGCUCGGAGUCAACAUGCAGAUGAUUUCACUCCUCCCUUUCCUUCCACCUUCUUUGCUCAGCACCUUUAUUUAACAUUUGUACCAUUUUAGUGAUCUUACGACCAGCUGGAAGUCAUCUGGACGUAUUAGUGGAACUGGACUAAAGGACUGUCCUUUUUACCGGAUUCUGCAACCGCUGAGAUUUCUACCUCCGGAAUUCUAUUGGGUGUAUGCGCUUGUCUGUUUGUGAGUGUGUGUAUGUGUAUUAGUUGUGUGUGGAUGUGAUUUUUCUGCCUUGAUGUGUUUGUAACUAUCUCUGUGUUCUAGAGGUUGUGAUUUACUUUCCCAUUUUUUUCCAAUGUCUGGCAUUGCUGGCCAGCGUUUCGCCUUGUGUUGUCCAUGUCUGCCAAGUGCCCGACCGUGGGGUUAACCCUUACCGUGCCACAGGCGAGAUGAGUGACAGCUCUGGAACAGUGAACAACUCGGGGGCUAUGGUACUGGAGGAGCCCUAUGGGAGAGGUGGCUCCGGUGGACAUGAACAAGCCCAGGCCCCUGCUCGUGGUGGUAUUUUAAGGUGUGGGAGCUGUGCCCUUUGGCCCCGCCAACAGACUUGGCUCUGCGUGGUUCCGCUUCUCAUUGGCUUUAUAGGCCUAGGGCUCAGUCUGAUGCUGCUGAAAUGGAUCGUAGUGGGUUCUGUGCGGGACUACGUGCCUACUGACUUGGUGGACGCCAAGGGAAUUGGCCAGGACCCCAUCUUUCUGUCCAAGCCUAGCACAUUUCCUAAGGGAUCUGACACCACCACCACCACAACCACUAUUGGAGGGGUAAGCUGGGCCAGCCCCACCGUCACCACUGUGGUGCGGAGCAGGACUCGGACGGGAACUCCUCCAAACAUUCCCCCUAGGGGUGGCGGUGCAUCCGGCAGCCAGGUGACGCAGAAGAGCCCCUCUACACGUUUUGUCACACGUAAUCCCACCUUUACGACCACCGUGGCCUCUACCACAACGUCUACUGUCCAUACGUCCACCUCCAGCCCCUCUCCCUCCAACCCUGCUGUUCUAAAUGACUCCACCCAAAUGUGGACCAGAGAGCAGUCAUCCACUGAGAGGCACGUGACCACGCCUGGUCGAACUCAUGUCAGCCGCAAGACACCAUCACCAACUCUGCCACCUUUGAAAUCGGAGCAUUUCAAGCCGUGUCAGGAGAAAGACCUGGCCUAUUGCCUGAAUGACGGGGAGUGCUUUGUCAUCGAGACCCUGAGCGGCCCACACAAACACUGCAGGUGUAAAGAGGGUUUCCAGGGCAUUCGGUGUGACCAGUUCCUGCCCAAGACUGAUUCCAUCAUGUCAGACCCAAUGGAUCACUUGGGCAUUGAGUUCAUGGAGAGCAAGGAGGUGUACAAAAGACAAGUGAUGUCUAUCACAUGUAUUGCCAUGGGGAUCAGCUUUCUAGGCACCCUCUGCAUGGCUCUCUACUGUCGGAACAAGAGAAGAAGGGAAAAGCUCCAGGCGCACUUAAAAGAGAGCCGUAACCAGAAAAACUACAACCUCAACUCUUCCAGCUUGGCCCCUAAACCCAGUCUUAGGCCUCAGCAAGGCCUGCAGCUCCAGAAAUAUUAUAAACCCACAAGUUCCUCGCCACCGCAUGUUCGAGAUUCUGGUUUUGUUCAAAGCACUGCUGCUUCUACCAGUCCACAAAGCACACUGACAAGGAAACACCCCAGGAGUGGUUCCCUGUCUCAUAGUCCAGAUCAGAGGAUUCGUUCUGCUUUUCAGCCUGCUUCUCGCAGAACACCACCCAUAACCAGAGGAUGUCUCAAUAGCAUUGGUGGAACGAGAGAUUCUGGUCCUGCCUACCAACAUCUCCAGGAAGUAGACAGCUCAGAGAGGGAGUCAGUGAGAAGGAACCUCUCCGGGCCAGGUAACGACCUACAUCAGGAUUCCUUUUACAAUAUGCAAGCCUCACAAUCCUCAAAAUCUUGGAGCAGCCAUUUAGACCACAGGUGUGCUAGGAGCCUCAGGUCGGGCGGCUCUAGCCAAAGUCCUCCUGCUCCCUACCGUCCCUGCUCUAUCCCAAUCAUUCCCUCUGUCCACUCCUACCAGGAUGAGGUCUUGUGUAUGCAAACUGCCCCUACUUCUGGAAGCAGCCGCUCUAGUCCUCUGGAAAGCACAACGGAAGCUUCGGCCAUUGAUCAACAGUCCAACGUAAUGGUCUCCAACCAAGCAGUUGGUAGACAAGAGGAAGUGGCCUCACUACUCGACGAGGCUCAGGAACAGCUCAGAGCGCUAGCACAUGCCCAGAGGAAACAGGAGGACAUCAGUAGCUCCGUCCCUCGGGGGGCCAAAGAGACUGUGUGCAUCCUUUUAGCAAAUGGGGGUGGACAAGGGGGAGUUGCCUCUUUUGGGCCCACGGAGACUCAGUUAGUGAGCCCCAGAGACACGCACAAAGAUGCCACAAAGCCUGGCCAAUGAGAAGGGGUUGACAAGACUAACCACAAAUGUCACGUGUGUCUUGGGGCUUCAGAAUACUCCUCCAACAUUGGGAUACCACUGAAAGCUACGAUUGAAUUUCUGAGGACGUGCUGUGGGUGAUAGUGUGGGAGAGUGACAGUCUCGAACAUGUGAAAAGAUCAUUUAUUUAUAUGCAUUUAUUUAAGGAGAAACUUAGAAAAAGAAGCCAAAUAGUCUGUCAUCUCCAUGGUGUUUUUAACUGUAUAAAAUAUACAUAAAUAUAUAUAAAUGGAUAUAAAUAUAUGAAUUCAAACUGGUGACCAAGUACAAAAAAGGAAUAUUGGAAUGAGAAACUUUCUUUUGAAAUGUAUCAGCUCCACAUCCUUAGAGACUCGAUGCUUGGUGGUUCAAAAAAAAAAAAGUUAUUAAAAAAGGAGUUUUUCCACUUGUUUCACUCAUUUCCAGUCAAGCUAAGCUUGUCCGACACACAAUCUUGUGUUUUGCACCUGCCACUGCAGCAGCUGUGUUUACUAUCACCAUCCCAGUCACUGUCCUCUACCCUGCCAAGGAAUAUGGCUCCAUCUGCCUUUGAAAACCGUGGAACGUGGAUUACAAUUGGACUAAACUUCUAAACGCUAAUCGUAUCCAGGCAUGAGGUAACUGAUAGUUAAGCACUGCCUCCAAGACAUCGAUUGGAAGAAUUUGAUGUGUCCGUCCAUUUGUGGAGCAAUCUGCGUUUUGUUUUCUGUGCCUCGGUGUGUUCACUUCUUCAUUUGGGUUUGGAUACGAGUUAAGAUAAGCUAAUGGAACAGAGCACAUCGUACUAAACACCACCCGCGAUGCACAAACAGACCGUUGGCACCUCUCUGUAUGGACUGAGGAGAUUCCUGCACGGGAUAACAGAGAGCUGGCUUGGCCAGCUUUUGUGUUGUUUUCUUUUCAUUCUUAUGAAAUUAUCUGCUGCUUUCUGGGAAGGUGGGUGGGAGCAGCAGUCACUAUGAAUCUGUAUGCUACCUUUGAAUUGGGACGUAAUACUCCUGUGAAUUAACAACCAAAUGUGGUAAGAAAGAAAAAUUAACAAUGAAUCUUUGGUGAAACUGUUUCUUUGUUUCCAAUGUUUUUUCAUUUUGUUUUGUUAAGUUUUUUUUUUUUUUUUUUGGUUUGUUUUUUUGACCCCCAAUUCACACAGUUGUGCAUGUGGAUGGUAUUAUUUUGCAGAACCAAGCCAUGAUAGUUUUAAUAAUUUAUAGAAUAGCCCCACAAAGAAAAACUGUAUUAUAAUUGACCCUCGUCUGCUGAUUUCAACCCAAAUCCUGGCAAAAAAAAAACACGAGUGGUCUGCUGAGUUUUAUAGAUCAGUCCUAAUAGACUCAUUUCUGAGAAAUGCUCAAUGGCUGCAUUAUAUUGAAUUGACUUUUUUACGUGCUGUUGUUUCUCCUCAAGCAUUUAUUUAAGACCACCACCUGUAGUUUGAUUUUAAGACCUUCUUUAAAGCAUGCUGCAUUUGUCCUCCAUCAGAGGUUGUGUCUACAGUGCCAGCCAUAACUCAAGGCAAAGGUGAAAUGAAACAUCUUCUGGUAAAAGAAAGCAAAGUAAAGGUUAGCCUGUGGCAGAAAGGAGCUGUAAGGGCAGACAGAUAAGACUCUCACUUGAUCUUAUAGCACCUUCCCUGGGAAAAAACACUGACCUCAACAGUGAAUUGCAGUGGAGAGGCAUGUCUAUCAAGAUAAUCAAGCAUCAUAAAAAGUAAUGUGAAAAUAUUGCUGUAAGGGAAAGACACGAUAGAUUUAGAUCUUAAAGCUCUAUCGUUUCUUUAUAGAAAAAAUUAAAUUUUAAUAAUAGAAAAUAUCACAAUGCAACUCUUAGUUGUCAGAGGGAUUUCAUUUAGGAGGUAUCAGAUUGAUUAUUAUUUUUUAAAACAAAUUCAAAUGGUAUGUUUGUUAGUAUGAGCAUUCAUGAUUGUUGUUUUUUUUUUUUUUUUUUUUUUUUUUUUUUUUUUUUUUUUUUUCUAUUUUCAAGUUCUGUAUAUGUUGAUUUUGUGCAUUUCAUUUUAUUGGCAUACAGUAGAUAUCCAGAAAUGCCACACAUGCAACAAAGAUUAUACCACAUAGCUAAGUGAUCUAUAAAACAGCAGACUAAUUCAUAUGCAGGUCAUACCAGCAGAUAUAUGAACUGUCCAUCUGUUACAGCUCUUAAUGUUGAUUUUCAGUUGAAAUGGUGUGAGAAAGUUUCAUUUGAGUUGGACCAUAUUUUUGUACACUAGUGCUAAAGUGUUUUUGCACAGUAAUUACAAUGUAUGGUAAUUUAUGCUGUCAGGAUUCCAGAAUGUAAGGUACAGUAUGUGACUUGAUGAAUUCAUCACAGAAGACAGUAUAUUGCAAGAUAUGUUUGCAAGACAGAAUGCGCAAGCUGCAACUUUGCAAGAUGUAACACGAGCACAACCGAAACUUCAUGGUUCUGUAUAACAGCCCCUUGAUGUACUUUAAUGUGCAAUUUCAAAAUCGAAAAAAAUGAAAUUUCUGUUCAUUCUUGUAUGUGAGAAACUGCAUUAUUGCCCUUCCCAAUUGAAAUAGUUUUUCUUUUCAUUUAGUUCAUUUUUUAUUUUUUUUUCAAUAAAGAUGAAUCUUCAGUGUUGACUUAUGUUAGAAUGAGUAUUUUUUAACUAAAUACUAAACUGUUUUUAAAUAGAAAUCCUAAGAUUAAAAUAGUGGUAUUCUAGUAUUAUUUAUAUACUAAUUUUUUUACAGUUUUUAGACGCUCUACAUUUCUCAGACCGCAACUAAAAUUCUCAAAAAUACUUGUUCAACCUCCACAUCAUCAUCUAGUCACCUGUGCACACCAUAAAAGCAAUUGCUCAUUGUUUUGAACAAUGCUGUGGUUGUCAUGCAGUUACAUAUAAUUUUCUGAUGUUUCCUAUAUUAUCAAUUACUUAUGUACGUAUGUACAUAUGUACAUAUACUUACAUAUUAUGGUGAUUCAAAUAUAUAAUACUCUUUCCCCACAAAACAUCUAGACAUUAGUUAAUUGUAAAAGUUAUUUUAAAUUAAAUGCAAAGUGUAUGUUUACAUAAACCGUCAAGCAUACUUUCCAUACAUUUCUAUUAGAUUAUUUUUAAUAAAUUCCACAGGUAGAGCUUGAAUGUGACUAAUGAAGGGGAAUGUAAAGUGUUAAAAUCAACCAAUUAUCACUACCAGUUCUCUGCUCAGAGAUGCAACUCAAUUUGAAAGAAUAUCCUGUAUAUAAAGUGUGUGCAUAAUUAUUAGGCAAGUUGAUAUUCUGAUCAUAUUUUAUUCCAAGUACAUUUUACCAAUUCCAAACCACAUCCAUCUUAAUAACUACUGUUCAUUUUGUAUUCAAUCAUUUAUAAGUGAAAUAUAAUUGUCCAUGAAGGCUGGAAGUGAAAUACUCCAUAUAUUCAGGUGUGCAUAAUUAUUAAGCAGGUUUUCUUUUACAGAUAAAAUGAGCCAAUUUUAAUUUUUUUAUUUUUUUUAAUUUUUUUUAGGGUUGCAAUACUAAUGCAAUACUAGAAAGUUAAAGUUAAGGCAUGACAGCAAAAUGCUCAUUGGGUCAGCACCGUCAGGGAAAAAAAAAAAAAACGGUGGAGAAGAAAAGAAACGUUAACUGCAAAAGAAUUAAGAAUUAAGGGGGAAAAAAAUGUGAAACCAUCAGGAACCAUUUAGUCUCCACCACCACCAUUUUCCAAAUCUGAAACCUACCUGGAGUCUCCAGAAGUGCAGUGUGUCAGGUUCUCAGGCUUGGGUAAAAAAAAAAAAAUCCUAAAAAACAAUUUCCUUUAUUCAAUACAAAUAACAUGCUGAAGUGUUGUGAAAUACAUGAAGACUGAUUUUUCAUGGGCUUUAUAGACAGAUAUAUUGAGAGUGACUUUUGAAGGACCAGCAUCACAUCCUCUCGUACCACUCUUUCAAGAAUUUAUCUUCCAGAAUCUGGCAGUGAGUUUUGGAAGUUCAUUUUUAGUCCAUCUCUGCAAAACACACUUUUCAGGAUAGGAGAUGGCCUUAAAAUUAAUUCCCAAAACUUACUGCCAGCAGAGUUGGCCAGUAUUUUAAUUAAAUGUCUUUGAAAUAUGUAUUUAAUUACUAAAUACAUAUUUUGUAAUUUGUAUUUUGCUGGGGGAAAAAAUCAAAUGUGAUUUGAUUAAAUUAAGCACUUUGAUUAAAUUAACAUACCUGGCAAUAAAGCUCUUUCUUCAUCUGUGUUUAUGGUACUGCCAGUUAUAACCUAUCGUAGUUUUUGGCUAUAUGCAGUGAAUCAUAUUACAUCCUGCUGGAUCUGGUUUAGUU